AUAAAUUACCGCCCCUUAUCUAACGCUAGUAACCAUGGUAUUCACGAAAGCUUCAAUCGUUAUUUAAUGUAGUCGUUAUGGUUGUCAACUGACUCGUUAUCCAAUCGUUAUGGUUACGUUUCUAACGUAAAUCUCAUUUAGAAGAACGGUAUUCUAACGAAUCAAUCGUUAAUUUAAUGUCCCAAAGCGUAAUAAUAACGUCUACGUUCGUUAAUUAACGCCGGAGAGAUGCAUUCUGGGAGCAGAAGGGGAGGAGAAUAGUUCAUCCUAACCACGUGUUUCCUCUGCAAUUGCGUCCUUUGACCCGGAUGCGGAAAAGUAAAUAAAAGAAAACACACCUGGAGCUCGAGCGCGUGGUGUGGAAAAAACAGCAGCAGCAGCAGAAAACAUGAGGCCGAGUCUAAGAUCGCUGUUUGAACAAAUUGUGAAUUCGCCCAUCCAACAGUCAGAAGAACAUUCAAGCUCCAAUGAGGAAAAUGACAAUAAUGGAUCUGUCAAGUCAGUGGGUCAUGUACCCGGAAAUCUAGCUGCUAUGGUGCGCACCCAAAAAAAUAAUAUGACGGUAGAUGCUAAAGAUAAAUCACAGACAUCAUCGAAGCCUAAGAAACCUGAUUCCAAGGCACAGACCACUCCUCCUGGGAAUAUUAACUCACUUAAAAAACGAAAUAAAAGAAAAAAUUCAGAAAAGGAACGCAAAAAGGAGACACCAUCACCCAAGGAUGUGGGUCCAUCCAAAUUUACGGAAACAUUUGGGGAAUGUAUUAAGAUCAAAACUGCGUAUGAUACCGCACAAAAAUCAACAUCAGAAUCACAACAAAGACACAAAUCAACAAAAUCGACGCAAGAAGAUUACAAGCAAUCCAAAACAUACCCAAAAGCUAAGCACCAAAAGCAGCAGCCUGAGUUUGGUAAGAGCAAUUUCCACCAUCAAGACAAAUCUGAAUGUAGAGUUAGUAAAGCAAGCAAGUCCCAUCCAGAACCUAGACCACCCAUGGAAUCAUCUCAGCAAUCACUAUUCUCUACUGAAGUGCCAAAAAAGAUCUCCAAGCCAGCAAGGUCAGAUGUCAUCAUGUCAUCUAAUCCUGCCUCGCCAGUGUUAAUAGACGGAGAUGAAUUUUCGACAGAGAGUGAAUCUGAGAAUCCAGCAGUUCGUCCAGGCAAAAAAAUCCUUAAGGAUAAAAAGCGAAUCCGAAAUCGAAAAUUCACAUUCCAUGAAAACCUAGUCUUAAUUGAGAACCUUGUUCCACAUUUUCACAAGCUCCUUGGAAACAGAGCAGCUGCUACGGAGUCAGCAUGGAAAAACACAAUCUGGAAGCAAAUUGCAGAUGCAGUUACGAGUGUGGGUGUCUCUCCACGAUCAGCAGAUCACGUACGUAAGCGGUACCAGGACAUUCGGCUUCUACUAAGGCGCAAGAUUUCGGAUGAAAACAAGAGCAGAAAAGCAACAGGGGGUGGCCCUGAGAAGAAAACAGUUUACCACCAGUAUGAAGAGUUACUGCGUCCAUACAUAGAUCUAGAUUCCAUUGUUGGCAUCAAGGCUGGUUUUGAUACCUCGAGGCACCAUGAAAACGAGCAACAUAAUGCAGCUCAACACACCUAUCGCCAGCAGAAGCUCUCCUUUAUGGCCAAACUAACUGAACUCUUAGAAGCACAUCUGCCAUCUCCUGGUGAGCAAUCUCAUAAUGCUCGGAAUCUAACCAGCAGCAACCACAGCAGUUUUGUAUGUGAAAGUAUUAUCGAAAAUGAUGCUAAUGAUAAUUUUACUAUUCAGGAUAUGUAAAUGUUAUAAGAAGUACAA